GGGCUACCCGGGAGGCGGCGGCGAGAUGGAAACAGACGCUGGCGUCGUGCGAGCCCGGGGCAGAGCGGCGUGGUAGGGAGGGCGGCGGCAGCGCGCGCGGAGCUUUGACGUCCCCCUUUCUUUCUUCUCACUCUGGAAAGCUGGGAAGCAUGAACGUGCAGUCCUGCCGCUGCGGCGGCCGCCCUGGCUCCUCGCCUCCCUCUCCUUUGGCCGCCCCUCGCCGGUGAGAGAAGAGAACGCGAGAAGGGAAGAUGGGGGCCGUCCUGAGGAGCCUCCUGGUCUGCAGUUUCUGUGUGCUCCUGAGAGCGGCCCCUUUGUUGCUUUAUGCAAACAGACGGGAUUUGCGAUUGGUUGAUGCUACAAAUGGCAAAGAAAAUGCAACAAUUGUAGUUGGGGGCUUGGAGGAUGCAGCUGCGGUGGACUUUGUGUUUGGUCAUGGCUUGAUAUACUGGAGUGAUGUAAGCGAAGAAGCCAUUAAACGAACAGAGUUUAACAAAACUGAGAGUGUGCAGAAUGUUGUUGUUUCUGGAUUAUUGUCCCCUGACGGACUGGCAUGUGAUUGGCUUGGAGAAAAAUUGUAUUGGACGGAUUCUGAAACUAAUCGGAUUGAAGUUUCUAAUUUAGAUGGAUCUUUACGAAAAGUUUUAUUUUGGCAAGAGUUGGAUCAACCCAGAGCAAUUGCCUUAGAUCCUUCAAGUGGGUUCAUGUAUUGGACAGACUGGGGAGAAGUGCCAAAGAUAGAACGUGCAGGAAUGGAUGGCUCAAGUCGCUUCAUUAUAAUAAACACAGAAAUUUACUGGCCAAAUGGACUGACCUUGGAUUAUGAGGAACAGAAGCUUUAUUGGGCAGAUGCAAAACUUAAUUUCAUCCACAAAUCAAAUCUGGAUGGAACAAAUCGGCAGGCAGUGGUUAAAGGUUCCCUUCCACAUCCUUUUGCCUUGACAUUGUUUGAGGAUACAUUGUACUGGACUGACUGGAAUACACACUCCAUUUUGGCUUGCAACAAGUACACUGGCGAAGGUCUGCGUGAAAUCCAUUCUAACAUCUUCUCUCCCAUGGAUAUACAUGCCUUCAGCCAACAGAGGCAGCCAAAUGCUACAAGCCCAUGUGGAAUUGAUAAUGGUGGUUGUUCCCACUUGUGUUUGAUGUCUCCAGUCAAACCUUUUUAUCAGUGUGCUUGCCCAACUGGGGUCAAACUUCUGGAGAAUGGAAAAACCUGCAGAGAUGGUGCCACUGAAUUAUUGCUUUUAGCUCGAAGGACAGAUUUGAGACGCAUUUCUUUGGAUACACCAGAUUUUACAGACAUUGUUCUGCAAUUGGAAGACAUCCGUCAUGCCAUCGCCAUAGAUUACGAUCCUGUGGAAGGCUAUAUUUACUGGACUGAUGAUGAAGUAAGGGCCAUACGCCGCUCAUUCAUAGAUGGAUCUGGCAGUCAGUUUGUGGUCACUGCUCAAAUUGCACAUCCUGAUGGUAUUGCUGUUGACUGGGUUGCCCGAAAUCUUUAUUGGACAGACACUGGCACUGACCGGAUAGAAGUGACACGACUCAAUGGGACCAUGAGGAAGAUCUUGAUUUCAGAGGACUUAGAGGAACCCCGGGCUAUUGUGUUAGACCCCAUGAUUGGGUACAUGUAUUGGACUGACUGGGGAGAAAUCCCGAAAAUUGAGCGAGCAGCUCUGGAUGGUUCUGACAGAGUAGUGUUGGUUAACACUUCUCUUGGUUGGCCAAAUGGUUUAGCCUUGGAUUACGAUGAAGGCAAAAUAUACUGGGGAGAUGCCAAAACAGACAAAAUUGAGGUUAUGAAUACUGAUGGCACUGGGAGACGAGUGCUAGUGGAAGACAAAAUUCCUCAUAUUUUUGGGUUUACUUUGUUGGGUGACUAUGUUUACUGGACUGACUGGCAGAGGCGUAGCAUCGAAAGAGUACACAAACGAAGUGCAGAGAGGGAAAUCAUCAUAGAUCAGCUGCCUGACCUCAUGGGCCUAAAGGCCACAAAUGUUCAUCGAAUCAUUGGUUCUAACCCCUGUGCUGAGGAAAAUGGGGGAUGUAGUCAUCUCUGCCUCUAUAGACCUCAGGGCCUUCGAUGUGCCUGCCCCAUUGGCUUUGAACUCAUCAGUGACAUGAAGACCUGCAUUGUCCCAGAGGCUUUUCUUUUGUUUUCACGAAGAGCAGAUAUCAGGCGAAUUUCUUUGGAAACUAACAAUAAUAAUGUGGCCAUUCCUCUCACUGGUGUCAAAGAAGCUUCUGCCUUGGAUUUUGAUGUAACAGACAACCGUAUUUACUGGACUGAUAUAUCACUCAAGACUAUCAGCAGAGCCUUUAUGAAUGGCAGUGCACUGGAACAUGUGGUAGAAUUCGGCUUAGAUUACCCAGAAGGCAUGGCAGUUGACUGGCUUGGGAAGAACCUGUACUGGGCAGACACUGGAACGAAUCGAAUUGAGGUGUCAAAGUUAGAUGGGCAGCACCGACAAGUUUUGGUGUGGAAAGACCUGGAUAGCCCUAGAGCCCUUGCAUUGGACCCUGCUGAAGGAUUCAUGUAUUGGACUGAAUGGGGUGGUAAACCUAAGAUAGACAGAGCUGCUAUGGAUGGAAGUGAACGUACUACAUUAGUUCCAAAUGUGGGGCGGGCAAAUGGCCUAACUAUUGAUUAUGCUAAAAGAAGGCUUUAUUGGACAGACCUGGAUACCAACUUAAUAGAAUCCUCAAAUAUGCUUGGACUCAACCGUGAAGUUAUAGCAGAUGACUUGCCUCAUCCUUUUGGCUUAACUCAGUACCAGGAUUACAUCUACUGGACGGACUGGAGCCGACGCAGCAUUGAACGUGCCAACAAAACCAGUGGCCAAAACCGCACCAUCAUUCAGGGCCACUUGGAUUAUGUGAUGGACAUCCUCGUCUUUCACUCCUCUCGGCAGGCAGGAUGGAACGAAUGUGCUUCCAGCAAUGGGCACUGCUCCCACCUCUGCUUGGCUGUGCCAGUUGGAGGUUUUGUUUGUGGAUGCCCUGCUCAUUACUCUCUUAAUAGUGACAAUAGGACUUGUAGUGCUCCUACCACAUUCCUGCUCUUCAGUCAAAAGAGUGCCAUCAACCGCAUGGUGAUCGAUGAACAGCAGAGCCCUGACAUGAUCCUUCCUAUCCACAGCCUUCGGAAUGUCCGGGCCAUUGAUUAUGAUCCAUUGGACAAGCAACUUUAUUGGAUUGACUCACGACAAAAUAUGAUCCGAAAGGCACAAGAAGAUGGCAGCCAGGGCUUUACUGUGGUUGUGAGCUCAGUUCCCAAUCAGAACCUAGAAAUACAACCCUAUGACCUCAGCAUUGAUAUUUAUAGCCGCUAUAUCUACUGGACUUGUGAGGCCACCAAUGUCAUUAAUGUAACAAGAUUAGAUGGGAGAUCAAUUGGAGUAGUGCUAAAAGGAGAGCAAGAUAGACCUCGAGCCAUUGUGGUAAACCCAGAGAAAGGGUAUAUGUAUUUUACCAAUCUUCAAGAAAGGUCUCCCAAAAUUGAACGGGCUGCUUUGGAUGGAACAGAACGGGAGGUUCUCUUUUUCAGUGGCUUAAGUAAACCAAUUGCUUUAGCCCUUGAUAGCAAAUUGGGCAAGCUCUUUUGGGCUGAUUCAGAUCUCCGGCGAAUUGAAAGCAGUGAUCUGUCAGGUGCUAACCGGAUCGUAUUGGAAGACUCAAAUAUCUUGCAGCCUGUGGGAUUGACUGUAUUUGAAAACUGGUUAUAUUGGAUUGAUAAGCAGCAGCAAAUGAUUGAAAAAAUUGACAUGACAGGUCGAGAGGGUAGAACCAAAGUCCAGGCUCGAAUUGCCCAGCUUAGUGACAUUCAUGCAGUAAAGGAACUGAACCUUCAGGAAUACAGACAGCACCCUUGUGCUCAGGAUAAUGGUGGUUGUUCACAUAUUUGCCUUGUAAAAGGGGAUGGUACUACAAGGUGCUCUUGCCCCAUGCACCUGGUUCUGCUUCAAGAUGAGCUAUCAUGUGGAGAACCCCCAACAUGUUCUCCUCAGCAGUUUACUUGUUUCACGGGAGAGAUUGACUGUAUCCCUGUGGCUUGGCGGUGUGAUGGGUUUACUGAGUGUGAAGACCACAGCGAUGAGCUCAAUUGUCCUGUAUGCUCAGAAUCUCAGUUCCAGUGUGCCAGUGGGCAGUGUAUUGAUGGUGCCCUCCGAUGCAAUGGAGAUGCAAACUGCCAGGAUAAAUCAGAUGAGAAAAACUGUGAAGUGCUUUGUUUAAUUGAUCAGUUCCGCUGUGCAAAUGGUCAAUGCGUUGGAAAACACAAGAAAUGUGAUCAUAAUGUGGAUUGCAGUGACAAAUCAGAUGAAGUGGAUUGUUAUCCAACUGAGGAGCCACCACCACAAGCCACCAAUACAGUUGGUUCAGUUAUUGGUGUAAUUGUCACCAUUUUUGUAUUUGGAACCAUAUACUUUAUCUGCCAGAGGAUGUUGUGUUCUCGUAUGAAGGGAGAUGGAGAAACCAUGACUAAUGAUUAUGUAGUUCAUGGACCAGCUUCUGUGCCCCUGGGUUAUGUGCCACACCCAAACUCUUUGUCAGGAUCUCUUCCAGGAGUGUCUCGCGGUAAAUCAAUGAUCAGCUCCCUCAGUAUCAUGGGAGGAAGCAGUGGACCCCCUUAUGACCGGGCCCAUGUCACAGGAGCAUCAUCAAGUAGUUCUUCAAGCACCAAAGGCACUUACUUCCCUGCAAUUUUGAACCCUCCUCCAUCCCCAGCCACAGAGCGGUCACAUUAUACUAUGGAAUUUGGUUAUUCUUCAAACAGUCCUUCCACUCAUAGAUCAUACAGCUACAGGCCAUACAGUUACCGGCACUUUGCACCCCCCACCACACCCUGCAGCACAGAUGUUUGUGACAGUGACUAUGCUCCCAGCCGGAGAAUGACCUCAGUGGCAACAGCCAAGGGCUACACAAGUGACUUGAACUAUGACUCAGAGCCUGUGCCCCCACCUCCCACACCCCGAAGCCAAUACUUGUCAGCGGAGGAGAAUUAUGAAAGCUGCCCACCUUCUCCAUACACAGAGAGGAGCUACUCUCAUCACCUCUACCCACCACCACCCUCUCCCUGUACAGACUCCUCCUGAGGAGGGGCCCUCCUCCUCUGACUGCCUCCAACGCAAAAUGUAAAUACAAAUUUGGAUGAGAUCUGGAGGGGGGGAGGGAAUUGUUAGAACAGGAUGAGGCAGACCAUGUACAGUUAAAAAUUAUAAAAUGGGAUAGGGAAUACUAGAGAUAUUUGUACAGAAGAAAAGGAUAUUUAUAUAUUUUCUUAAAACAGCUUAUUUGCUGCUUGUGCCAUAAAAAUUUGUAUAAAAUAAAUUUGUACUGAAAGUUUUAUUUUUGCAAACUGAAUACACAAAGCAUGCCUUAAACCUAGUGAAGUGACUGAAUACAAAGGAAACAGGAAUAAUAAAGGCAUCACUGACCAGAACUGUCUGGGUUAUACUGAUACCAAAAAGAAGAAGAAAUUAAGCCCAUCUCACAGCAUCAAACCAUAGAUACUUGGAAGUAGCCAAAUAGCCUUCGUGUUAACUAACAUUUGAGGGCCAGUAAGUUUAAGAAAUCAUGGAAGAAGAAAAGGAAUUAAUCUAACCUUGGACAAAGGGCUUUUUUUUUUUUCUCUAGCAAUCCAACAAUUUUAGUGAGGAAAAUAGAAAUAUAUUUAUAAAAACCCAUCUGGGUGUUGCCAUUGUAGGAGAGAUCAGCUGUCUGGUAAGGUGCUGUGGGAGAGUCUUCUGUCCCUAUCUUAGAGCCCACACCUCGUCAAAAAUUAGUUUUCUUUCUAGGUUUUUCACCUUGCUGCCUCCCCCAGCAGCUUUAUAGGCGUUUAGCUAAGAUACCAUGAUUUACUCAAACUUUUUAUCUGAGAAAUUGAUUAAAUAGAAUUUUCUAAAUUAAAGUUUGAUUUUAAUGUUUCUAUUAACUUCAUUCCCCACUAGGCUUUAUUCUUCAAUUUGACUGCUGUUUUUGCAUAAUAAUCAAAAGUUGGACAUAAUAUUGCUCUUCUUCUGAGAUUGUUUUAAUACUCAUUAAAAUAUCUUGUUACAACAUUUAUAGACAAUGUUUGAGAAUUACAAAUUUAACCGUUACUGUUUUUUGUUGUAAAUUAAUCAUAUAUCCUUGCAGUACUUUCAGCAUAUAAUAUCACAAUAUAUAAAAUCAUUUAUAUAUAUUUUUUCCUAGUAAAACAUUUAAGUAUGUUUUUGGUUAGAGGCAAUCUAUUUAAAAAGAAUUUUUUGGUUAUCAUAAGAAGGUUUUCCUUUCUAUAUUUACUGUGCCAUUUUCAUGUUCUUUAAGCCAGUUUUUCUCAGAAUAAUGUCUGUAUACAUACCUCUUUUAAUGUGUAACAUGAAUUUAAUAUCUUCCUGUUACCCACUGUGAAUGUUUGAUUGUUUUUAAAUUAUCCACAAACUGUUCCUAUAAUCACCUCUUACAUAUUUUUAAAUGUGUUCUCUCAAACCCCAUUAUGGAUUAAGAUGACAACAAAUUUUAAAAUGUGGAUUAAAUGGGAAGUCACAUUAUUAACUUCUCAGCUGUCUGAACCUGGGUGGAGGGGCAUGUUGGAGGUCUCAUAUGUAAUAUUCCUGACCUGCUGCCAUGUACGGCACUGGGGCUGCUAUAUUUCAGCUCUUGGGUUGACCUGUGGAAUGAUUCUAGCACUGCUCUGCCACCUUGCCAGAAGUUAGUUUCCUGCUUUUUACAGGCUUCCAGCACUUCUCUGCUAAAAAUGAAUGUUUUUAAACUAAUGUGUUUUUACCUUAACAGGUGUUGGUCAGUUAAUUAUUGAAUGAUUUUUUUUUUUUUUUUUUUUUUUUUUUUCAUUAUUCUGUCUCACUGAGGUCUCUCUAGGUUCCAGGGCCCAAGGGAAAACAAUGGAUGAAAAGAUUCGGAAUUAUGGCAGGGGUAAAAUAACUUUUUAGGCAAUUAAAAAAUACCUAAGUAAACUUUUUAAAGAGAAAAAAAUGUGGUGUCAGAAUAAUGUUUAAAUUGUUGGGGACAGCGUACAUGAAUCAGGUGCACUUGAUUUCGCAUAUAAAUAAAGGGUAACCCAUCAGUGUCUUGCAUUUCAGACAAGCAUUAACUCUUCUGUUGAUGGAACAAAGUGCUCACAAUCUAAUGUAAAAUGGACAUUAAACAUGCGUUCUGUGACACACAGGGGCACUUGAUACUUAAAUGAAGAUGGAAAGGUUAGCAAUAACUGGGUGUCAGUUAGAAUUUGAGAAUUCUAUAUGUUUACAUUUUUUAAUGUGCAUCUUUAUCUGGUGGGCUUCCCAUGUGGAAACUUGCACUAUACUGAACUAAGAAGAAUAUCGCCUUGUUAUAUCUCAGUCCAAGUGCUUGUACUGCGAUGGCAAUGGCCUCUUCUUGCAAAAUACUAAUUUGUGUGCCAAUUUGUUUGAAAUUAUUUGAAGGCAGUUCAGCUUAAUCACAGUAUCCUCUUUCUAGGAUAGUUGAAAAUGGAUCCUUAUUUUUUAAUGAAAGAAUUGUCAAAUUCGGGACAAAUUUGUUGGUAGUUAAUCUAAAUGACUUAGAAUUAGAAGUUACCGACUCUCCUUCAUCCUCCUUCAGUCUGAACUUGACCCAAUUUUUCAUUAUCAUAAGACAAAUCUGUAAGCCUAAAACUGUUCAUUGCUGAAAAAAGAAAAUUCUCGUAACUUCACCAAUAGAAUUAGAAUCUAAAUGAUUUUUUUGUACGCAGAAGUGAAACAUAGACUAACCUUUGUUUCCUACCACUACUUAGGGUUGGCCCAAAAGUUAACACCAAAGAGUUAGAGACAGCAUGCCUUUGCUUAACUGUCCCUUCUUUUGGGUUUUAUUUUUUAAUCAAAUAUAUUCAGAGGAAAAUACAUAUAAAAGUUGUAAUGAGGAUAUAAAGGUAUUAAGAGGAAAAUAAAACAAAAAUAUCUGAUUAAAAUCCAGUGUUGUGUGUGUGUGUGUGUGUGUGUUUUAAGUAUCUGGGGUUAGUAAACAAAAUUCAAGGAGGAUACCAAGAAGUUUAAGCUGGACUAGCCUUAAUUGCAAGUGAAGGAUCUGGUGCUGCUUUCAGAUGUUUAUCCUUUGUGUUUUUUAAUUUUUUCUUAAGCUUUAAUCUUCGUCAUUGUCUUAAAGUCAGCUGGUGUUUCUUGUUCAUUGACUUUGGUACGAUGGUGCUUUGCAAGGAUGUGUUUAUAUUAUAAUGGCCAACAUUUGGUCAGCCCUUGUCCACUAUUCACUUCCCCUUUUUGUAAAAUAAGUGCUUUAAUUGUAAGCUGUAUAAAAAUACCUUGUAUAAAUCCCUUUUUUUGAUUAUUACAAUAAGCUGAGUUGUAACAAAUGAAAUGUUGAUUUUUAUAAUAAAACAGUGGAAACAUUAA